GACAUGUUCAUGCUGUGGUCAUAAUGUCAUGGAAAUAAUAGAAUCUUUAGUUAAUCUGCUAUAUACAAUAACAAUGGAUUAUUGACAGACAUUUUCUAAGAAAUGGUGAUGUGAAAAAAGAAUAAAGUGCAUUUCUUUGUGGAUGAAGAUGGCAUUGAAAAGAUAAGAAUCGAUUUCCAAGGUUUCAGAACUGGCGUGACAGAAUUCAGGAGAGAGCAACACAUGUGAGAUUACAGCUCAGAAUCAUAAGAAAAAGACAAAUGUUUGAAAAAGGGAAACAGAUUUUCCCAGACUUCUUCUAAAUACUUCCUGUUGCUGUUUUUAUGAAAAUACCAACCUACGAUCCAGAAGAGAUGUAUUGGAUUGAUGGCUCUCGCCGUGAGAACAACUUGGCAAAUUUCUACACAAUGGGUCCAGAGCUUGGAAGGGGAGCCACAGCAACAGUUUUUCAAUGUGAAGAAAAAGGAACUCAAAAACCUUACGCAGCAAAAAUAAUAAAAAAAACAAUUGAUAAAAAGAUUGUAAGAACAGAAAUCGGAGUAUUACUUCGUCUCUCACAUCCAAAUAUUAUUAAGCUGAAGGAUAUAUUUGAAACACCUUUAGAAAUAGCAAUUAUUCUUGAACUAGUGACUGGAGGGGAAUUAUUUGACAGGAUAGUUGAGCGUGGGUAUUACAGCGAGCAGGAUGCAGCCUGUGUUGUGCAACAGAUUCUGGAAGCAGUCUUUUAUUUACAUAGCAAUGGCAUUGUUCACCGUGACCUGAAGCCAGAAAAUCUUCUCUAUGCUGAAAAAAGCCCAGAUUCCAUUCUUAAAAUUGCUGAUUUUGGAUUAUCCAAUAUUGUGGAUGACCAGGUAUCCAUGAAGACUGUGUGUGGUACACCAGGAUACUGUGCACCAGAAAUUCUUCAUGGAUCCCCAUAUGGACCAGAAGUCGACAUGUGGUCUGUUGGAGUAAUUACAUACAUCCUGCUUUGUGGAUUUGAACCAUUCUUUGACCCCCGGGGAGACCAGUACAUGUACAGGAAGAUAUUGAAGUGUGACUACGAGUUUACUUCUCCAUGGUGGGAUGAUGUCUCCCUGAAUGCCAAGGACUUGGUAAGCUUUAAAAUAAAGGUUCAGAAGCUGAUUGUGCUGGACCCCCAAAAAAGAUUGACAGUCUCGCAAGCUUUGCAGCACCCAUGGGUGCAAGGAAAAGCAGCUAAGCUUUCCCAUAUGGAUUGCACACAAAAGAAACUUCUAGAAUUCAAUGCCCGGCGCAAAUUAAAGGUAGCUAUGAAAGCAGUAGUAGCAUCAAGUCGCUUGGUAAAUCAUGUUUACCAUGAAAACCCAAGGAAUGUGCAAAAGUCGGCGAGUUUAGGUUUGAGACCAGAAGAUUCCUGCUUGUCAACAGAUCCACAAAGUCUUCUGACAUCAUCCAACACUGAGCAGACAGAAUAACUAAACACACAAGUGACAUGUUAAGGGCUAAAUAUGCAAUCCUUUGGUCUUCCACUGAAAUAGCCUCUUUUGCAACUUUACGGAAGUAAUGUUGCAAACUGUCAGCAGUGAAUAAAAACUGAAGGAAAUUGUCAUCUCGGAUAAAAACUGCAUGAACUUCAUUUUCAUGCACUCAAGAUGAACUCAGAAGUUGGUAGAAAUAUUGGAGCAAAAUCAACAGCAAAUUUUCUACCCUUGACCCGAAAGGGUUGAAACGUUGCUGCUGAUUUUGUCCAAUAAAUCUACCAACUUCUGAGUUUAUCUUGAGUGCCUCGAUCAUUGUUGAGUUUUCAAACUGUCUAAGCGAGGCUCAGCCACCCUCAGGCCUGGUUGCACCCUGGGAACCUGGAGAGUGCGGUAUCCUUUAUUAUAUUGACAUUGCUACAUUUUCAUGCAACAUAAUUUGGUGCACGUGCUUAAACUGAUUAGUUUCAAACAUAUGUAAUGACAUGUAAUAAAAUAUAUGGCAUUUUAAGAUUUAAAAAUCAGUUUGUUUGUGUGUUGCAUCUAGGGUGUGGACAUUAGUCAAAGAACAAGAUCUUAUUAGAUAAUAACGUUAAAUGUAAAAUGUCGAACAUGUAAUUAUAACAUACAUAAAUAAAACAUU